CCUGGAUCCGGUUGAUGAUCUUUUUCUAGUUAGCUUUGAGCAACAAUUCGGUUUAGGACAUUAAUGCGUUUAUACGAAUAAUCGAGGAGCGAUUUUAACAAGCGGUACCGCUAACAGCAGAUCAACUAGUUAACAAAAUUAUUGCUGUCUUGGUUCAAGUCUUAUCCUGUUCCUAGUGUCAACUUUCCAACAUGGUUGAAGUUUAACAUUACAAAGAGCCAAUCAUGAGAUUUCACAAAGAUCAUUGUUAAGCUGAGGUUAAGCACAAGGUAUCCAGAAGAAUUUCCAGUACCUGCAGAAUCUGAAUUAAGGCAAAUUCAGGCAUGGAGAAAACACAUCCCUGUUCAGACUGUGGAAAGAGUUUCGCUAACAAGACUCAUCUGAAAAUACACCAGCGCAUUCACACUGGAGAGAAACCAUAUCAUUGCUCAGACUGUGGGAAGAAUUUUAAUGAACCCGGUCAUCUUAAAACACAUCAGCGCAUUCACACAGGAGAGAAACCGUAUCGCUGCUCAGACUGUGGGAAGAGUUUUAACGAACUGGGUCAUUUUAAAACGCACCAGCGCAUUCACACAGGAGAGAAACCAUAUCACUGCUCAGAAUGUGGGAAGAAUUUUAAUCAACUAGGUACUCUUAAAAUACACCAGCGCAUUCACACAGGAGAGAAACCGUAUCACUGUUCAGAGUGUGGAAAGAGUUUUAAUGAACGGAGUACGUUCAGAAAACACCAGCGCAUUCACACUGGAGAUAAACCGUAUUACUGCUCAGAGUGUGGCAAGAAUUUUAACGAACUGAGUAAACUCAAAAAACACCAGCGGAAUCACACGGGAGAGAAACCUUAUCACUGCCCAGACUGUGAGAAGAAUUUUAAUGAAUUGAGUCAUCUUAAAACGCACCAGCUUAUUCACACAGGAGAGAAGCAGUAUCACUGCCCAGAAUGUGGAAAGAGGUUUAAUCGAUUAAGUAUUCUCAUCAUACACCAGCGCAUUCACACAGGAGAGAAACCAUAUCAGUGCCCAGACUGUCAGAAGAGCUUCAGGCACUUAAGUACAUUUAAGAAUCACAAAUGCUUGCAUAUGCAUGUUUAAUAUAAUUGAAUGAUCACUGAUUCUUCUGGUGGGAAACUUUUCCUGGCUGAAAGACUAGAGGUAUAUUUAAAUUGUGUUAACUUUAGACAUGGUAUUUAAAAUGAAGUAAACAGUAUAUAUACAUUUAUCUACCUAUAAUCUAUCUUAAACUGAUGUUUAUAAUAUGUUUAUACAUUUAUGUGUCCUUAUUCACCUCCAGCUCAAGUUGCGGAAUGUACAAGCUUUUUGUUUCCUUGUAAGUUUCUGUAAUGCUGACCUAAGGUUUCCAGUAAACUUUAAUAUAUUUUAAA